GAAGCAUAUAACAGUCCGUGGAGUAAGUCUAUCGGAGGAUCUCUCCCUCCAAGGUGUACAGGUAUAUCUGGCAAGCUUGAGCUUUCCCAGGCCCGAGACUCCAACUUCAACAGCCACGUUUCAACUUCCUUCUACACGCACGGCGAGGCAGACGUCGUCAUGCAUACCACCUUUGCGUUCCUGGUCAAGCUCCCCCACCUGUCCACCCAAGAGUUCAUCACGUAUUAUGAGACGAAGCACAUUCCCAUGAUCAACCGGCUGGCCGGCCCGGAGAACCAGCCCUUGGUAUACAAGAGGCGAUAUACCCACCGGGAUGACCCGGCGUUUGUGUUUGUGAGGGCGAGCGUCGAUGCCAACGGUACGCCGGUACCCACUUUGCCGUCCGAUUCAAAGGGCAACGGCACAGAUCGAGCGAAAAUGGAAGUAGAUCCGGGGAACAUUGACUUCGACGUCAUGACUGAGAUCGGCUUCGCCGAUGAAGCGGCAAAGAUGAGGUGGUUGAUGGCAUUGGGGCAGGGUGAGAACAGGAAGAUGGUCAUGGAGGACGAGGAGAGGUUUCUUUGGAGGGAACGCACGCGAGCUGUGGUGGUGGAGGAGUUUGUGAGUUUCGGAUAAGGCUCGAGCAAGGUAUUGGAGUCCUGGAAGACGAAUGUGAGCAUAGAGACACCGUGCGGCUGAGGAGGGUCAGCACCACCUGGAGAAUGCGUCGUCGGAAGGAGAUGGAUUCCCAACGGCAUGGCGGGCGUUGCUGUGCCACCCGAGGUAUCAGCAAACACUCGAGCUGUCCAAGGAUAAGUAGUCAUUCCAUGAAAGAAGCAUCACGGGAUCGUUCAUAUUAUUGUGGAACAUCAAAGAAGAGAAGUUGCCCUUGGAGGUUCUGUGACCAUCGAGCCCGAUAUCGGUCGCUCCCUCAUCGCCCUAUAGCUCUCGCUUAAGCUCAGCUGCUCAGGCCAGCAUAUAUGGCUCGCUUAAACCUUUC